CCCUUAAGAGAACUAUAAAGAAUGCUUUAAUUUUGACCAAAACAUUGCACUUAGUUUUAAAACAGUGUUUUUCAAUAUAUUGCUUUUGUCUGCAAAAUACAGUUCCUGUUAUGUAGGUUUAUGAAGAAGGUCAUUAUAUGUAAAAAUCAAAGCUUUAAAAUCUUUAUAAAAUUCAAGAUCUUGUAACUGCGAUUUAAGGUUUCUAGCAAACAACUCAUUUUCUUACAACUGCAUAACCCGGUGUUUUACAGCUUUUGUAGUAGCAUUUGCAUUAAAUAGCAAUGCUCAAAAAUUUUGUGCAGUAAACGAAGAAAACAGCUAAACUAUUAGCCUUCAUAAACCUGUUUGAGGUUCUAGUCAGUACUGAUCCAAUAUUCAUCUUUUAGUGUCAAAAGGAUUUUAAUUUCAAAGAAAGUAUUUAUUUGGAGUCCAAUCUAGCAAAAAUUUCAUUUACCUCACUGAGUGCAGGAUAAGGCCCAUAACAAUUUAUUUAAAAAACAGUUGUAAGAAGUAAGGAUACAAUAAAGCGACAUUCACUACUAUUACUUUCUUUCAGAAUGUAGGCUUGGACUUUGUAACAUUUUUUUAGAAUUUUAUUGCUCACUUCCCUAUAUAAUUCUUCCACCAUCUGUUGUAUAACUCUCUCUUUAAUCAGAUAACAAACAACCUGAGUACAUAUAAAAAAAAACAAACUUUGGAAUGAGCAUAAGUGCUUUUUAACCCCUUACUUUCUUUAUAAUAUAUUUUCUCUUCUAAAGGCAUUUGAUUCACUGAAUUAUGAAGAUGUGUGAACUGAAGUUUAACUAAACUUUAACUUUAAAGAAAUACCACAAGUGUAUAUGCAGUAGCUGAUUUAGGGAUACAGUGAUUGGGCCAGAAUAUGAAGGCAGGGAGAGAUGCUAACAAGCAAAAUUGUUUUAACUGAUUUGCAUUUAGUUUUGUAAAUAAGCAAUUAAAUAUAUCAGAAUCUACAUAAUGGGGUCUUGAUUAAUUGAACUGACUAGUAUGUGGACGUAUUUCUACAAGUAAUGUUUUGUGAUAAAUUCACUUUGCUUUUUAGCUAACUUUCUCAAAUUAAGAUGUUUGAAUUUUACCUUACCCCAAUAGUUCCCCUCCCCCCAACCUCCCAUAUUAUCCAGAAAAGUCACCACAUACAAACCUUGGAAUUUUAACAUGUUAACCAACAUUUUCAAUUGAGUGCUGAAUUCAGCACCUAAAAUUUAUACCGAACAGAGGUGCCAAGCACCCAAAAUAAUCAUUGACUUCAGCACCUCUGAAUCAAGACACAUAUGUAACUAAGUUUGAAAGUACUGGCCAUAAUGUAACAAGGUACUCUGAGUAUCCGGUCUAUAACCAUGAUAACUCUUUGCUUAUGAUGAAUACUUGUAGAUAUUUUUGUUUUAGUAUAUGCAAAUUCAAGUUCAUCCAGGUACAGAGGGCUUGAGCAAAGGUCCUCCAUACACACUGCCCCUUUGAGGGCAGAUGGAGGUAUGGGCAGAUUGGUUUUGCAGGAGGCUCUCCAUAUUGGCUCAAUAUAUUGCCUGUAAGGUCAGAUGGGGUUACAGGAUAUUCAUAUAUCCAGUGGCCCAAACUUCCCAUUGAGAGGCAUAGAAAAAGCAACAGCUGUUUUUCAAGCUUUCAGGCUGGUACAGUGACUGUGGAGGGCUUGUGUUUUAGCCCCAUGGCUUCAUGAUGGGCUUUAUGGAAUUCUGUAUUUCCACACAAAGCUUGCCUAUUCAAGCCUUGUGCACAAAGGAGGCAAUUUCAACCUGACCUUAAUGCUUUACUUGCCUUUACAUGUAAGCAUAUGACAGAAAGUUUGCAGUACCGUCACAAAAAAAUUAAGUAACAACUGGCACAAGAAAAAUGAGCUUAUAGUGAAAAUAAACCACUGACAUUAUUAUUUUAAACUAAAUACAGCGACCUUCACUAAGGGGACACUGUUAAGUUAAAGACAUCUAGGUAGAUUGUUAGCAGAGACUUCUGAUAUUUAUAUAUCAUAUGUAAAACUUACGUAUAUUCUUGUUACUAUUCUCUUGUCUCCUUCCUACUCUCAAUCCUUCCAUGCAUUUUAUCUUUCUUAGACUGUAAACUCUGCGGACCAGGGCUUUUUUUUGCUCUGUACCGCACCUAGCACACUGGGGUCCCAAUCCUGACUGAGGCCAGUUAGUGCUACAAUAAAUAAAACAGAUUCCAUGAAAAAAAAUGUUAAAGUGGAUUUUUCACCAUUUAUGUUUAUUUUUUACAUUUGGAGUUAAAAUAUUAUGCAUAUUCCUAAAAUGUCUAAGAAAUAUAUAUUGGUGAAGGAAUCUUCUCUUCUUACACGUUUGUGAAGUGCUGUAUAUAUCUAUGAUACAAAAACCAAAACUCUUUAUAAUGCUUAGCUACUACAAUGCUAAGCACUAUAGAAAAACCCAAGACAAAUCCUAAUAAUCUCAUGUAAAACCCCCUAGAGGAUGCUAUUUAUGGGUUUGACUAUUUUAAAGACAGUUUAAAUAUAAGUAAUAAACAGACUAUAGUUUGAUUUCUCAGUUUUUAAAUCUAUCCAUUAAAUAAUAUUUCAAGAAAAAAAUUCCUCCUCCUGCAGAGAUGUUGCAUUUCUUAAUCUGGAUCUAAAGCAUAUAGAUAGCAGCCCUGUAAAAAUUUAUAUGCUAGUGGAUUUUCAAUACCUUUUAAUAACUUUGCAUUUCCUAUCCUUCAAUGCAACACUUAUGCUGAUGUCCAGCACAGUGAAUGUCUCAUGUGACACAUGCCCUAGAGAGCCCACCAUUCACUAAUUCAGAGUGACUUCUCUGUUCUCUUUUUAAUCAUUCCCUCAUUAUAAAACAGUUAUUUUGGCUCUAAGACAAAGCCAGUGCCACCCUACUGUAGCAAACCCUCAGCCCCUUAAACCCUGCUACUGGGUACAUAAUGUCCAUUAUACUAACCUAUUCUUGGAUCUGUUAGUCAGUUGGCAGCAGGCUACACUCCCAGUGCCUGUCACAUUUCAUUUCUGCUGUGAAAAUGCUUGUGUCUAUCUUUCAAAGACAUUCUUCUCCUCUUGCUUUCUCCACAACAUGAAAAGGUUGAUGCUGAUGUGAGUGCUGAAUUGUUCAGCUUCAAGAGAUGCAACGGACUCACUUAAAAUCAUGCUUGCAGAUAUAUGUUUACAAAGUAAACAUAUCCCUUAUGAGCCACUAAGAAAAUAUUCUUCUGGGACCUGAUUUCCUAAUGUUGUUCUUAGGCCUGCGUGUUCAGUGCAUACUGAAGAGUACUGCUGACUGACGCACAGUUAGGGCAUAGAAGCAAAAUGGAUGAAUCUUCCAUCUAGUGUUCCAGAAAAUGGAUUAAUGUGCUGAAGGGGAAAAAUAAGACAUUCUUCCAGCUUGAAAUCCUGUGCUCUCUAGAAGGUAUAUAUCCUAUGCCAAAUACUUCACGGAUAAGGACUAAUGACUUGGGAAACUGGACUGCUGUAAUGUCAUGCUUAUGAUCUGAGAUAUCUGUAAAAAUAUAUAUUUUCACAUAUAAACAUGAAAUAGUAAACAAUUUUGCUGUAACAGAACUGAAUUAACUGAUCUAUACACGUUAGAAAGUAAAUUACAGCUAUUGUCUUUAGGAUAGGUUUAAGUAAGCUAAAAACAAGAAAAUGCAUUGUGUUUUCAGGUUUUGUAUUCAAAAGCACUAAUUUAAAGACGUUACAGACAAAAAACAAAUGAACCAUGGCUCACUUUUUAUUAUAACGAUGGUAACAAAAGUAUAGAAAUACCUUUGUGGAUCAUAUUGUGAUCUUUGGCUCUUAUUUUAGUAGUUUUUCUACAGCUAAACAUAUCAGAGAGAGAGAUAUGAAGCUUUAGUAUUGUCAAAACGUAUUUGGUAUGUCCUAUCUACUCCUGUGAGAGGAGCAUCCAUUUAAUAACAGCUGUCAAAAGAGAUUAAAAUAUUUAAUAACUCUUGGGCUGACACAGGAGAAAAAACAAAAAAUACAGCUAAUGUAAGUAAUAAUUGGAAUCUGCAGAGAAUGCAACAGCAGAUAUGUUCAGCUCCUUAGUAUCAAUAAGGGUGAGCACAGGGUGGGGGAACAAAGUUAGUUUGAGAAUGUGACACUUAUUCCUAACUGCCUUCCCAUAUUGGUGCUUGUGAAAUUUAGCACUUCUAUGCAAUACUAAGAAUACAAUUUCUGCAUCUACAAAUGCAUAAUUGCUUCAUCAGGUUAAAGAAAUUAAAACACUAUUUUCCCCUCCUUUUAGGUAAUUUGAACUAUGUUUAAUUGAACUAUGGUCAGAAGAAAGUUUCUAGAGAGCAAAAAAUGAACCAACUUGAUGCAACAAAAUCAGGAUUUUUAGUGUGCAUUGGCCUCUGUAUUUUCAUCUUCACUUUUAUCUAUGUAAGAAACACAUUUUCUAAGGUACCAAGUGAACAAAAAUCCUUCCCAGAUACAACAGAAUGUGGUGUUUAUCCAGAUGAACUUUGUUCAGCGCUUUUUGAGGGGAAAAGUGCUGCACCUCAAAUUGGAAAUUUGUGUCAGAUUAUUCACCAACCUGAAAUGCCUGACUGCAUACGGACUCCAUGCAAUUGCUCCAGUGUCUUGAAGAGUCUGCAUUUUAUAACAAGACCACUAUCUGAAGAAGAAGGAAACUUCUCCUUGGCAUACAUCAUCACAAUUCACAAGGAGUUAGAAAUGUUUGUGAAGCUACUCAGAGCCAUUUAUCUGCCUCAGAAUGUUUAUUGCAUACACAUAGAUGAAAAGUCACCACAGGAUUACAAAACUGCAGUGCAAAACCUAGUUAACUGCUUUGAAAACAUUUUUAUUUCAUCAAAAAGAGAAAAUGUUGUUUAUGCAGGAUUUUCAAGAUUACAAGCUGAUAUUAAUUGUAUGAAGGACUUAGUUAAUGCCAAAACUCAAUGGAAUUAUGUUAUUAAUCUGUGUGGCCAGGAUUAUCCCAUCAAAACAAACAAAGAAAUUAUACAGUACAUCAAAAGUAAAUGGAAUGAUAAAAAUAUUACUCCUGGGGUGGUCCAACCUCCUCAUAUGAAACAUAGGACGCAUCUUAGUUACAAAGAAUAUGUACAUUCAGGAACAUCCUACGUGUAUCCAACCAAGAAUAUGAAAGAUGAUCCUCCACAUAACUUAACUAUCUAUUUUGGUACUGCUUACUAUGUACUCACUAGAAAGUUUGUGGAGUUUACACUGACCGAUGUACGUGCAAAAGAUUUGCUUGAAUGGUCAAAGGACACAUACAGCCCAGAUGAGCACUACUGGGUCACACUGAAUCGUUUAAGUGACGCUCCAGCUGCUACACCAAAUGCACAGUGGGAAGGAAAUAUACGAGCUAUUAAAUGGAAAGAUCAAGAAGGAGUUGCACAUAAUGGCUGCAAAGGUCAUUACAUCAGAGAUAUUUGUGUCUAUGGACUGGGGGAUUUACAGUGGAUCAUUGAAUCACCUAAUUUAUUUGCCAACAAGUUUGAGCCCACAACAUAUCCGCUUGUUAUGGACUGCCUAGAGAGACGCUAUAGGCUUAAAGUACUGCAGCAAGCUGAAGUCCCACUAGAAGCCCACUGGCAUUUUCAGGAAAGUAACUAUUUUAAUAUGAAGUUGAAUGUUUGAGCCUACUGGACAUCUAAAAUAUUGAGCAGAAAGAAUGGGAAGAAAUUAGUAAUAUGCCUUUUAAAAGUGCAGACUUCUUUAUAUAAAUUAUAUUUAAGGAAGGUGGUAUUAUUAACCCAGCUCCUGUUCUGUUGUUCACCAACUACCAUCUCUGGGAACUACAAACUGUAAGAAAGUUCCUAUCGGUAUUAAGAAAUCCUUAAUUAUCGAAUAGAGUACACUCACGAUUACUUCAGUACAGACUGCUUUUGAGAAAGUUCUGAAGAAUAUGGACAAAAAGAUCAGAAGACAAAUUUUUAAUAAGGAAAGAAGUGACUUUUUUCCCUAUACCUGAAUAAACUACCAUAUGAUUACAUAUGAGACUUAUCAAAGAGAAGCAGAAAAUUCAAGCUACUCCUUAAAACGAUUCAUUCAAUGGGGAAAUAAUUGUUUCAUAUGGCCCUGAAGAAAGCACCAUUCAAGUUGCUGAAACAGAAAAUAAGAAGCACAGAUUGAACAAAGACAAAAUAUUAAGAUUUUAAAGUUAAAUUAAACUAUAUGUCCUAGUAAGUAACUUAUUUUGAAUCAAGGGAGAAGUUUACAUUAUGUACAGUAGUCUUAGAGGGACAGUGUAGGUUGAAAACAUUCACUGAGUUGUUUUUUUAACCUAAUAGAGUUGCAAGUAACACCUAAAUUUCUAAAACUGAAAGAAGUCAAGUGAUAUAUAUAUAUAUGUGUGUGUGUUAUUUUCUCAGUUUAUUUUGUGUAUUUGUCAGCACUUUGUAUAUAGUCAAUUUCACUGUUUUGUUGAUGGCCUGUUACAUUUCCUGGCUCAUGCACUAGCAUGGCAACAUCACUUAUGCACUGCUCCGAUGGAAGCUUACAUGCAUAUUUUUCACUGGAGGGUAUUUAUCAGUAGCAGAGCUGCUAUUAGUUGAGUUUGGAGUUGGGGGGACCCUUUUCCUGGGAUCUCUGAAUGGAACUGGCAAACAAUGGGAGCAUAGACAGGGCAAGAAGGAACAGCCUGUACUUGGGGCUGGGGAGCAACUGAAAACUGGGCAACAGGCCCAUUCUUCCAUUCCACAAGGUAUGCAGGUAGCCCACUUCUUUCCAACACCUAUACAUAGCUGUAGAGUUCAGAGAAUAUCUAGCAGCAUACGGACAUGCACACCACCUCCAAAUCCAUUUGUGGAUUAAAGGAAGCACUGUUCUGCAUCAGGAAGGUGGUGUCCCCAGCCAGACCCUAGGAACAACCAACAAACCAGAGGCAGUAGCACAAGGAUUCCGCAUAGGUUUGGGCAAGGACUUGUCUUCACUUUCCAGAACCCCUCUACUGGUUCUGGGGAACAAAGCAGUUCUUCUCUCCUUAAGCCUCUCCUGGCAGGCCUUACCUCAAUCCUGCACUGAAAUGACCGGUAGGAGUGUGGGGCACAAGCACAUUUGGGUGUUGGUGUUCUCAGGCCAGCCCACUCUCCCUUGAGCAAGAAAUCCAUAUAAGCAUCAGCAGAAGAGAAAAACCAUUCACACUAUGUCACUGAUGAAAGGGGAUUCGCAGAGAAACUUCUAUUUUUUUGGGCCACUUAAAAAAAUCCAAGUCGUCAGUGUUCCUGAAAAAAAAAAUGCGUGCAGUAGAACCUCAUUCCCAUGACCCCAAAUACACUCCUGUAUUUCCUAGAAGAGAAUUUUGACCUACUACAUACUAUUAUUUAUACAUUGCACAUUUAGAGACUUCCAUCUAGAUACCAUUUUUUUUUAUGGCUGCCAAUGGGUCUUGCUUCUUGAAAAUUUUAGAGGCAUUCAACAGACCUUUGCUGUGCUCUGCCAUUUAUUUAUGCAUGGUAUUUAACGGACUUCUGCCAUGCUUUGCCAAGCACUUUUUAAAAUAAUCUAAUACCACUCUUUGGAGUUCCUUUUUCACUCAGUCUCAGUCUCCCCAUAAAAUGUCUCUGGGGGAGUUCAUAGGGGCUGCCUUUAAAUUUAACCCAUUCUCCAGCGUGGUAUUUAUUUCUUCAUAUUUAAAUUCUUAAACCCUUUUAAUGCCAUUUCCCUAAAUGCUAGUUUAUGACCCCCACACUAAUGGGUGUAUACAUUACGUACUCAAGACGAGCAGAUUCAAGUCAUGGCACUACUGUUUUGGGGUUCCCGCAAGACCUCUUCCACUGGGUUCCCCAAGAACUCAGUUCAACUCCAGUCUCAUCACUUAGCUUCCCUUAUCAGGAGUACAGCAAAGCUGCGUGGAGUUGAUCAGACUCAAGUGUCGGGGUGGAUAUAGGGCACACAUCCAGUUACUCAGCAAACCUCCUCUUUUAUUUAAAUUUACCCAUUUGCACUGCAUCUUACAUUUUGGGACUGGCUUCGUCACUUUGAAAGAACCAAUCCUUAUACAGCAUGCACUGUCCGUGCUCUACUUACUUUUUACCUCAUUUUAUAUUCCAGGCUUACCUUUUCCAUUAUUAUCUUGUCAGUUGUAAAUGGUUCCCUGGGUGUUCCCCCUUAUCUUAGCUAGUUCAGACAUUCUGUUUCCAGCUUGCUGAUCCAUUUCCUUCCUUAAUCCUGUCUCCCAACAAAUAAGGCCUCACCCAGGUCCAAUUACUCAUGUCAAAUCAGACCUAUACCUGUGAGGUAGCAAAGUAUUAUUCCCCUCUUUCCAGACGCAAAAACCGAGCCACAGAGAGGUUAAGUGACUUACCCAAGGCCAAAGUGAUUUCCCUUCCUGAGGUUGAGUUUGGAGCUGAGCCAUAUUAUUGAAUGGUUUCUUGGCAGCACAGUUUAUUUGAAAAGAACUUUAACAUAAGCACUGAGCAUCUGUUUCCCUAUUUAUUUAGCAAGUCAAGAAAUUCAACCUCUGCCUCCAUAAUUAUCCAUGGUAUAAAAAGAAUCCGCAUACAACUUAGUUAUUUAAAAAUACAUUGCAGCAUAACUCUUAUGAAUUUCAUGGUUUCAAGUCACAAGGUAAACUAGCAAAUGCCUUUUCUCAAGAAAAUUCAUCAUUAGAGCAUUUUUCACUUUGUUUAGACUGAUUGAUAACUAGGGAUUUUGUUACGUGCAUCAGUCAUAACAAAAUUAGCUUUGAACUUUCUCUUUAAACACCAUUAUAAAACAUUAAGCGUAUUUAUCUGUUCUGCACAAAUGUUUUAGAAAAUAAGUGUAAUGAUCACAAUCAUUUUGUUAUAAGAGCCACUAUAAAGGACUCGGUGUUGUUUUGCACGUUAACAACCCAAUCUGCCACCCUUAUUCACAAUAAGAAAUAUCUUUCUCCAUAAUUAAUUAAAUUAGUGGUUUACUUGUGUAGUAAGGAAUCACUUAACUUGUAUGAAUAGCAGAAUCUGGCCCUAACUGAAUAAACUAGAGAAAAAAAAUCUUAGUUUACAGCUGUCAUAUGUACAUAAAAAGAACUUCUUGUUAAAAUAGUAUUAAGGUAUGAUUUAAGAAUGGGCAAGCCAAGAAGUUCAGAGUUGAGCCUGAUCCUUCCUUAAAAUGGCUCUUCUAUAUUUUAUAUAGUUUUAAUACAAAACUCUACAUAUAAAAAAAUGGGGGGAGGGCAAGAAGUCACCCAACGUCAACACAAUGGGGCAGUUUAAGAAAAACAUUUCAUCCCUAACUCUGAUUUGGUACAACCUCGUUAAAGUAAAAGCCUUAACAAUAUUUCAACAACAAUUUAAAAACAAGUCAUUAAUGUGACUGGGAGCUGAGGACAACAUUAACAUAUAUUUAUGGAAAUUUAUUAAAUGCACAUUAUUGUUUGUUACCAGCAAGUUGUUCAGGGUUGUCUCAUGUCAAUCUGCAUUUACUGACUUUUAAAAACUGUUGACUCAAUAAACUUCAAUCUAUCAUGUCAA